AGAGUGGUUAGGGCAGUUGAAGAAAGAAUGUCUUCCUCUUUCCUGUCUCUCUCCCUAUCUUUAUACCCCCUUAAUUCUCAUAAGAAUUAAAGCCAUGAUCUGUUGGCACCAAGAACACCCAAGUCAUCCAAUAAUUUUUCCACCCUCUCUCUCAAUCUCUUCUUCUUCCUCUUCUUCCAUCCGGCAUUAGCAAAAAACAGUAUGAAGGAAAAGGAAUCGAAUUCAAAGCCAUGGAGGCCCUUGACGGCGAAUUGCUGCUCGGCUGAGGACCAGACCAUUUUCGGCAACUUCAGCCGCUGCCGCCCCUCGCGGUCGGAGUUCUCCAAGAACAUUGCCCCGAUGCCAUCGUUCCGGAGGCUCUCCUUCUCCGACCUCAGCCGGUCGUCCUCGAUGCGCAUCAAUGAGGACCUCACGAUGGCCUUUGGGCCCGACCUGUACGACUUCCAGCUGAGCGAGCUGAAGGCGAUCACGCAGAACUUCUCGAGCCAUUUCUUGCUUGGGGAAGGCGGGUUCGGGACAGUCCACAAGGGUUACAUAGAUGACAGUAUGAGGCAGGGCUUGAAGGCACAAGCCGUCGCUGUUAAGCUCCUGGACAUUGAAGGCCUUCAAGGACACCGUGAAUGGCUGGCGGAAGUGAUAUUUCUGGGGCAACUUAGGCACCCAAAUCUGGUCCGAUUGAUCGGCUACUGUUGUGAGGACGAAGAACGACUCCUCGUGUACGAGUUUAUGUCUCGAGGCAGCUUAGAGAACCACUUAUUCAAAAGGAUAUCAAUAUCAAUGCCAUGGGGCACAAGGCUCAAAAUUGCAAUAGGAGCAGCCAAAGGCCUUGCCUUCUUGCAUGGCGCUGAGAAGCCUGUGAUCUACAGGGACUUCAAAACUUCCAACAUCUUGCUUGACUCUGAUUUCACGGCCAAAUUAUCUGACUUCGGACUCGCCAAAAUGGGGCCGGAAGGAUCGAAAUCCCAUGUUACGACUCGAGUGAUGGGCACUUACGGUUACGCUGCACCAGAGUACGUCUCAACCGGGCACUUGACCACAAAGAGCGACGUGUACAGCUUCGGAGUGGUCCUUCUGGAGCUGCUCACGGGGAGGCGGGCCGUCGACAAGCUGCGGCCGAAGACUGAGCAGAACCUGGUCGAUUGGGUCAAACCCUACUUGACAAGCCGCAGGAAGCUGAGGUGCAUUAUGGACCCAAGGCUUGGGGGGCAGUACUCGGUGAAAGGGGCCAAAGAGAUGGCCCUCUUGGCACUGCAAUGCAUCAGCUUGCAGCCCAAGGACAGGCCCAGAAUGCCUGCCAUCAUUGAGGCCCUUGAAGGCCUCCAGAACUUUACGGACAUGGCUGUGAGUUGUGGGCAAUGGCCUUCCCCCAAGGCCAAUGCAAGAAAUGGAGUUCAUGCCAGGGGAAGGAAUGUGGAAGCCAAAAAUGGGAAUCAUAAGAAAUCUCAUCCAGUAGCUCCUAAUAGGAAAACUUGAGGGAAGAGAAGAUGAGAAGGAGGGAGGUGUCUUUUGUCUAAGUGUAAAGUAGAAUGUGUGGAGGGUUCUCCUUUAAGGAACUCUUAUAAUGUUGUGUGGAAAUAUAGCCGCCGGUGUAUAUAUGUGUAUGUAGCAUACAUAAGGAAUAUUUAUGGGGAAAAAAGAGGAAAAAUGACUAGUGAUGGUGAUUAUAAUAUGAUAUAAUAUAAUAAUAAGAGUGUAUUUAGGGAAUGAUGAUUGGCAUAUA